AUCUAUUUCACGGGGAAUUUAAUAUGCAUUUGAUUAGUUACCUCAAAACACAAAAUCCCGCUAGCCCGGAAAUGCCGCAGGAGGAGUUUGUCGGGUCAGUUGGUACGGAGUGUCUCAACCCACACCGCCGCUCGACGGCACCCGUGCACUGAUGCAAGCACAGCCCAACUGGACCCCUGAAACGAACGGCCCGCAAUUUUCCCCUCCGCCAACGACGACAGCCCGCACGCUCGUUUGAUGGCAUCCAUUUCUCAACACUGCUUGCAAUAUGGCUUCAGUUCGCAUCUCAUUUAACGCAUAGCAAUUUUAAUCUGUCAAUCGACCCUCGUUUCUUGCGCGAUCCACCAUGAGCGUCUUUCUCGGCCUGCAUCAGCGGCAGUCGUCGACGUCAUCGAUCGCGGGAAAGCCUGAGACCCGACAUGAAGCCUCGUCAGAUUCGGCAGCAGCACCGCCCCCUGUGGUCAAAAACUCCAGCCAGCUGCGCCCGCACCGCCAGCGACGGCUCGGGUCGACGAUGCCCAGCCCACUCAUCGUGCGCGAGGACGGCGGCGCCGUGUGCCCCGAGAACCGCACCAUGAUGCAGGGGUUCGAGUGGUACCUGCCGGCCGACUUUGCGCACUGGCGGCGGCUGGCCGGGGCGGUGCCGUCGCUGGCGGCGCUGGGCGUGACCACACUGUGGAUCCCGCCGGCGUGCAAGGCGGCGUGGCCGCGCGGCAACGGCUACGACGUCUACGACCUAUUCGACCUAGGAGAGUUCGACCAGAAGGGCGCCCGCCACACCAAAUGGGGCCACAAGGCCGAGCUGCAGCACCUCGUCGAGGCGGCAGCCGCCCACGACGUGGCUAUCAUCUUCGACGCAGUCCUGAACCACAAGGCCGCCGCCGACUUCAGCGAGUCCGCGCUUGCCACCCGCAUCGACCCCGAGAACCGCACCCGCCCCCUGCCGCCUCCAGAUGGUGGCGCCAACGAGCCUUAUGAGAUUGAGGCCUGGACCGGCUACACCUUCCCCGGCCGCGGCGGCACAUACAGUCCGCUCAAGUGGCGCAAGGAGCACUUUACCGGCAUCGACUACGACAGCAAGCGGGGCGAGAAGGGCGUCUGGAGGUUUGCCGGCAAGCAGUGGGCGCUCGACGUCGACGAGGAGCUGGGCAACUACGACUAUCUCAUGUUCGCCGACAUCGACCACCGACACCCGGCGGUGCGGCGCGACCUGUUCCAUUGGGCGGCGUGGCUGGCGGGCCAGAUGGGCGGGCGGCUGGGCGGGCUGCGGCUCGACGCCAUCAAGCACUACAGCUUCGAAUUCGUGCGCGACUUCCUGGCGCACAUCGACGCGCGCGUCGACCGCCGCUGGUUCGUUGUUGGCGAGUACUGGCGCGAGGACUCCGAGUUCCUGGCCCGCUAUGUCGAGUUCAUGGGCCACCGCCUCUCGCUGUUCGACGUGCAGCUCGUUACCAACUUCAGCAGGGUCUCGCUGCUGGGCGAGAAGGGCGAUCUGAGGACUGUCUUUGACGAUGCGCUUGUUGUGUGGAAGCCGGAUAAUGCCGUGACCUUUGUCGUCAACCAUGAUACGCAACUCGGGCAAUCUCUAGAGACGCCUGUGGCACCCUUUUUCAUCCCCCUCGCAUACGCGCUGAUCCUGCUGCGCGCUAACGCGGGACUGCCGUGCGUGUUCUGGUCGGACCUGUACGGAUCCUUCGGGCAGCACCCGGCGCCGGACCGCAGCAACUUCGUACCACCGACGACGGGCGGCGCGCUGCUGCCGCGGCUGAUGCUUGCUCGCCGGCUCUGGGCGUAUGGGACGCAGAUGGACUACUUCUUCGACGGCGAGAACGGCGGCGACCCGCAGUGUGUCGGCUUCACGCGCUUCGGCCACCCGUCGCGCUCCGCUGGCCACGGUCUCGCCGUCGUCAUGACCAACAGCUGGGAGCACGCCGCCAAGCGCAUGUGCGUCGGCCCCCGCCACGCCGGCGAGGUCUGGACCGACGUGUUGCGCCGCUGCCCCGGCCAUGUUGUUAUUGAUCCUCGCGGCUGGGGCGUGUUCCCCACGGCGUCGAGGAGCGUGUCCGUCUGGGUGAACCGCGCGGCCGAGGGCAGGGAGUUUGUCGACUCCUUUGUUUUUGACUACGACAUUUUUGGAUUCCACAAACAAAAGGCGGAACAGGACUCCAAGGUCAAGAUCGCCAGCGAAUCUGGGCUUGAACCGGGGUUCAAGGUCUUGGGAAUUGCGGUCGAACACGUGGAGAAAAACAUUGGAUAAGAGGAACAUCUGGACAUUU